UAUUGACAGUGUGUGCUCAAAAAUGUUCUACUGUUAGAUGUCAGUGAUCCAAAAUAUUUACAAACCACUUUUCCAGAUGAUGCUAUCUAUAUAUGAGGACUGGUUGAAGAAACUGGAUUAGGAAAAAUAGCAGUAUUCGAGGCACAGAUUAGACUUUUUCUGCCUGGAAACAUGCUAAAACAACUAACAGAACCUCCAAACGUUAGGGCUGUCCCCGUGUGGAAUGGGCUGCUUCAGGAGUCAGUGGAUUUUCCCUGACGAGGGGUCUCUAAGCAAAGUCUAAAUGCCUCUUUAUUUGGCUCUGUUGUGGAGGGAUUCCUGCCCUGGGACCAGUUGUUCCACGUGGCCUUUGAUGUCCUUUCCAAUUCCCUUAGAUGUUGUGAAUUGUCUUCCUAGCCCUUCUCCUCCCCCUCCCCAAAUCUUAACUUCAAACUUCUUGGAGGUUUCCUCAAUGUGUGUCACAACUUUAAUGUAAUUUUUAAAAUCCUCGUUGGUCCAGACAUUGUGUAGAGGCUGACCACAACUCUACGAACUUCUUGGGCCUCAAAGCUUCCGUGGGUCUUUUUCUCUCUCUCUCUUUUCAAAGCACUUUACCGCCAUUCAUUAGUUAUUACUCACAGGCACUGUCAUUCCCCUCCCUUUGCAGAUUGAGAAACUGAAACCAAGUUUAUGAAUUGUGCCAAGUUAUUUAGGGUUUGCUGAGACAGUGGGCCCCUUCCUUUCUGUUUCUUUAUUCAAGGGUCCAUGUAGCAUUUCCCUACUUUUUCUUCUGAACUGCAGUCAUUAGGAUUUCUUUGUCUGGAAAACUUUCUGAUCCAGGGAAUUUUCCAUCCUUCCAGCCCUAGCUAUGAGCAUGUGGCAAGAGAAUGUCAUCAGGGACUUUUCCAUACUCAUUGAUUACUGUUGAUCCCCUCAUAGUAGUGCUUGAGGUCUGUCCAGAGUGGGAGCCAAGGGGAGUGGUUUCUUUGGGUGGCUUUAAUUUCACCUCCCGACAUCUCAGUAGAUGCCAAGGGAGAACUCCUCUGACUUUUUCCUCUUUCCUUUCUCUCAUCUUCCAUCUGCUUCCUUACCCCAUUCCCCCACGGAAGGGAGGAGGUGUGAGAGGAAGGAAGAAGGAGACUUUUCAGUUUUUCCCCCUACUAGUCUGAACCACUACUAGAAGGGCUUCCUCUUCAACCCAGAAGAAGAGUGUCACUCUUGGUCAGAGGGGGAAUAAAGUGAAGGGUAUCCUGCCUCUUCUCUGUCCAAUUCUGGCCAAACCCAGAGCCGGCUUCUUUGUCAUUUCUUGAAUCUCUUUAAAGGAAAAAUGAGGCUCAUAAAGGCUUUCCCUCUUUUUACUGGAAGCAGGGAUAAGGAUAUUAUUGCCUCCUUUUAUGAUCUUCAUGAUUUAAAGCUAUAAUUGAAAGAGGUUUUUUGUUUUGGUUUUUUCAUUUUUUUCAUUUUAAAAUUGUAUGGAUGAGAGAAUUAUAAAGAGGUAUAGACAAGUAGCAAUCACUUACGCCCAUUGUUUUUAUUAAGAAAGCCUUUGGUGAGAAUUAAGGAAAUAUAAAUCAUCAUUCUUUUUCUUUAUGUGUAGGGGGAGCUUUUGUAGCAAGUUGUCUGUAAGAACUCAGUGAAGUGAAGCUGAUAUAAACAAUUGUUUUUGUUUUUUUUCCCAUAAAACUGAGAAACUAAGGCAAGAAGAAAAGGGACUUGCCUAGAGGGUGACAGAAUGAAUCAGAGCCCACUCUUCUGAACUAUGGCCUUAGACUUUUGCUUAGUCCACUCAGCUCUAUUUCAUUUAAUGGAAAAAUAAUGGCAAUUUUGUCUUCUGGAAAAGUGUAGUUGGCUGAAUAUUGUUUAAGGAUUUUCCUGUAUUUAUUUCAACAUUUUCUUUAGCUUUGAUGGUCACUGAUGGCCAGAAUGACACACAGCAGUUGAGCAUUAAUCAUUCCCACAUGUGGUAUACUGUAAUGAAUUGGGUUUUUUAAAUAACUGAGCCAUUACCCCUGUUUUGAUAGCAUGUUUUUGGAAAAGGCUAGAGGGAAUUGUUUAUAUAUGAUGGAAAUAAGGUUUUGAUGAAUGUGUUUACCCAUUCUUUCAGAUGAGAGCUGAUAGCAACCCCUCACUUUUUUUUUCUCCCCUUAACAAACUGAAUUAAAAAUUCUUAUUUAGCACAACCGUCACUAUUAGUUCCUUCAGCGGUACUUCAGUGAAUGAAUCAGAGAAAUCUAAAGCUGGAAGGGACUUGGUCCAAGUCUUUCCUUGAGACAGCACACUUUUACCCCGUGGACAUUUUGGAAGAUAACCCUGAAGUGGUUCAGGAGUCAGCUGUAGCCUACUAUUCCACAUUUGGGGAACAAGCUGGUACUUCUCCUGAGUACUAUUCUCUUCCUACUGGUGAAAAGGUUAAACUUGAAGAUGACUCUGUUUGCUUCCUUCCUAUGUACCGUGAUGAACCUAAACAUAAAAUAUUGGUUUUGGUUAAUCCCCAGGACAGAAAGACAGUCUUGGCUGUUUACCUGAACAAAUCCUGGUGGUCCAUAGAAGAGAUCAUCAAAACAUCUGAUCCUUCUAGAGAAGGUCUAAUACAGGUCCAGUCUUUUGGGGAAAGAAUUGUACUUUUUAUUCUUAACUACGUUAUUUUUGGAAGAUUGGAGAGAAAUUUGGAUGAUGGCAUGUUUUUUUUACCUCAUUCAGCUACGGAACAUGCAAAAAUUCUGUGGAGGAAUGGAGCUGCCAUUGGUUUUUAUACCUUCAAGAUGAAAGGUAGCCUGUGUGGCAGAAACACCAGCGAGUGCUAUAUGUUGCCUGUGUUGGACACUGCAUUUGUCAGGCGAAAACACCGAAGAGAAGGUCUUGGGAUGAAAAUGCUGCAUGACUUUUGUCAGACUUUUGAGACUGAAGAUGCCUUAGGGAUCAGCUGCCCUAUUUCUACCGCUAUGUACCAAGUUUGUCGAAAGUUCUUACUGGCCUAUACAGAGGAGCAGGAUCGACUGUGGGAGGUAGAGGCUCCAGGAGAUUGGUGUCAGAGGGUGAACAUUUGGCUAAAGAUUCAACUUGAACCAAGCCUUUCCUAUAGGAAAGUGACUUGUUGGGUAACUUCAGAGGUGACAGAGAGCUGCCACAGAGAGAGUUUCCAAGAUGGUGAACCCAGACCAUCAGAUGAUGGAGAAAUGAACAAGGAUAGUCAUAGUAGAGAAACAACAGAAAAAAUAAAGGAGAAUAAAGAUUACAUAAUGAUAGAAGAUGAAGUCACUCCACAGCCUCCUAGUAAAGAAAGCUUGAAUCAAACGACCCACAACAUUCAGUGGAAUGCCAAGAGGAGAUCAGAGAAAGCGGAUAUUGUGGAAAAUAAGCCUGCUAAACAAGUCAGGCCCAGUUUCUGACUUCCUUAUUCUUGAUGGAAAGAACCCUGAACUGGAAGUUGGAGACCUGAAUUCCAGUGCUGGCAUUGUCACUAGGUAACAAUGUGACCAUAAAUGAAUCUUAAUUUUCUUAUUUAUAAAAUCUGCCCUACCUACCUCACAGAACUGUUAUGAGGAUCAAAUGAAUAAUUCAUGUGAAAGUGAUUUAAAAACAAUAAAACAAUUGUACCAAUGCAAGGAAUAAUACAGAAAGGUUAUGGUCCCAUUUAUCAAGAUGCUGCUACCAUUUUCUUCAGACUUUUAGGUUUCUCCAUCUUAAGAUGUUUUGUGGUGAGAGAGCAUUCUGAAUAUCUCCAAUGCUUAAAAUGAACUUUGUUUUUAUUUUUUCCUGUGGGGGAAAAUAUAGAAAAGAGUAGAGCCCUCUUUUCUCCACUGUUGCAGAACUAGUUUGAAGCAUUACGUACAACAUCUAGAAAAAAGUAAUUGAGGGUUUGUAGAUACUGCUGUAAGAUAUUUCUAUGGAAACAACAUUUCUUAUCCUGUAGAGCAAGAUGCUACACCAUGGAGCCAAGAUCAAAUGGCAGUGUAACCUCUUUUGCAAGAUAGAUAAUUGAUUUAAGUUUUUGUACAUCUGGCCUUUGUGGAAAGGAAAAAAAAAACCCAAGCAAAAUAUCUACUUUCUACAGCCUAUAUUUAAGUUUUAUCCAUCUUUCUAGUGUAAAGUUCUGUGUUCUUGGUGCCUUUUUGUGUAUUACUAACAUUAAAGAAUUUUUUUUUGCUGGUGGUAUUUAUAAUAAAUGUUAUAUGAUUAGUCCUUAAGGGGACAAGAAUUCUUCCUGAGAGGCAAAGUUGUAUUGAUUACUUUUUGAAAGUGAAAAGGCUUUUCCCAGACCUCAUGGCAAGCUGUAGAUGCUUCGUGUCCUCCCACGUAUCAAAUUCACCACUAAAAGCUGCACAUCUCUGAAUGUCAGUUUACUCAUUUGUAGAAUAAAGGGCUUUGCCUAGAUCAAUGUCACCCAAAUUUAUCUGCCCCUGAAAUGGUUUCGGUGAUUGAAAUAUACUGAUCAACCUACGAAUGUUUGUCUUCAGGGUUCUAAGGUCAUGGGAAUUCUGGAGUAAAAUUAAACAUAUGUUCCUUUUCCCCAAAAAUGCCACAUGUGAAUACAUAUUUUUGACAUAUGAUUUAAUGUGUAAUAUUUUAGAGGGAGAAUACCACAACCAGUGACCAGAACCCUUAUGAAGACUGUAAAACACCAGAGUUCCAUGGAACAUAGUUUUGGGAACAUGCUAAAAGUAGGCGAUCUUUGGAUUUUCCAUUAUGGUACAGUGGGAAAAAUGCUAGAUUUGGAGUCAGAAAACAUGAAUUCAGAUCCUGGCCCUUUAUAAUGUUGGGCAACUCAUUUCAAUUCUCUAGGACUUAAUUUCCUCCUUUAUAUAAAUAGUUUUGUUUGAACAUCACAAUGAUCCUGUGAGGCCAGAAAAACAUGUUAUUAUUUUGCUGCUGAAGAAACUGAAACUUACAUUUAAUGACUUUGCCAAGCUCACAAAGGGAGCGUCAGAUAGAAACAGGAUUGACCCCAAAAUUUCACUUGACUCCAAAACUAUUGCUCUCUCUACCAUACUGUGUACCAGGAUUGCUAGAUUGUUAGGAUUGCCCCUACCUGGACCUGGCACUUGGUAUUUCUAGAACUCUCAAUGAUCAGAGGGUCAGUAUGCUAGGAGAGCAUUCUACUACUAGUGGAACCUGUGGACAGAUAUUGUUUAUAUUCCUUCAUCUCUGUUCUGCCUCGAAUGGAAGGAAGAUACAUUGAAUAAUAAUAAUAUCAUAGAAUCCAGGAAGAAUACAUCUUAUAGUCCUUUAAAGAAAAUUGUAAGCCAUCAAGUGCACUUAUAUUUGUGGAUGUAGAUGUCCUAUGAAUGUCAUUGAAGACAUGGAUUCUAAUGUGAAAGGAAAAUUGUUUAUUGUAUGUACUGUACUACUUGAAAAACUAAUGUGUGGUGCUUUGUAUUUACAAGAAAAUGCUCCGAUUGUACGUCUUGGGGGAUUGAUGAUGUUAUGUUGCAAAUAAAAGGUGCCUUCCCAAAGGAAAAACAA